UUUUGUUUUUUGCUCCUUCAUUUCCCCCUGGGGGUUCUUACUUUCUCCCUUCUCUUCUUUCUUCUUUGUCGCUACCAAAUGUUAUGUGAAGGAGCUGCUGGUGCUGGGUAGAGCAUGAGCUGAAGCCCUAGGGUUUCUUUUCCUUCUUCCCUUCUCCCGACAAGCAAUCCAAUCAGUCCAAUCAAUUAGAUCCUCCAGUUACAUAUCUUACUCUAGCAUAGAUUUCUUACCCCCUUCCAUCAUUCCUUCCAUGGCUAAAACCAGGCCAGGCCUCGCCUCCAGCAACACCAAGCCCAAAGCUACUGCUAGUGCUGCUGGGGGCAAGAAGGAGCUCGACUCCUACACCAUUCGCGGCACAACCAAAGUCGUCAAAGUUGGCGAAUGCGUGCUGAUGAGACCUUCCGACACUGGGAAGCCCCCUUACGUUGCCAGAAUCGAGGGCAUCGAUUCAGACUCCAGAAACAAUGUCAAGGUCCGGGUCAGGUGGUACUACCGGCCCGAGGAGUCUCUCGGUGGCCGACGCCAGUUCCAUGGCGCCAAAGAGCUCUUUCUUUCCGACCACCACGACGUCCAGAGCGCCCACACAAUCGAGGGGAAAUGUACUGUUCAUUCUUUUAAGAACUAUACCAAACUCGAGAAUGUUGGCGCCGAGGACUACUUCUGUAGGUUCGAGUAUAAGGCUGCUACCGGAGGAUUCACUCCGGACCGUGUUGCUGUGUAUUGCAAAUGCGAGAUGCCAUAUAACCCGGAUGACCUUAUGGUCCAAUGCGAGGAGUGCAAGGACUGGUAAAUUUACUUCUUUUGUGUAGUUUUGCAUAUUCAAUUGCUUCCGAUAGUUGAAUGAUCACGACACCAGCAUUUCUCAGCCAGCCAGUCUGUUUGGUACUGGCGGGUGAUGGCCGAUCAGUUCUGUUUCAAAUUAUGUGGAGAAAACAAAUGAAGAUGAUUCAAAAGUCUCGGUUUUUACUUGAGAAUUCAGUAUAAUGGGUGUCAUCUUGGUGGUCUCUUGGGUCUUCAUCCUCUCUUAGUCCCUCUUCUUCAGAACCAGGAUUUCAUUCUCUGGUAUCAUCCGGCAUGUGUGGGAAUGACUAUUGAAGAAGCUAAGAAACUGGAUCACUUUGUUUGCUCUGAAUGUUCUCCGGAUGACGAUGUCAAAAGACCACAGAAUGGGUUUUCAACAUCACCAACAGCUGAUGUCAAGUGUGUCACUCUUGGCGUUCGCAGUGCGUGCUAGUUUGUGGCUGCACGUUGACGUACAUCUUUCAGUUCUUGAUUGAGGUGGAGACUAAGCGGCGAAAGAGAUGAAAAUGACGAGCGUGUGCUUUAGCUUUGAUAGAAGAAAGAAGACGGUUGUUUUAUGUGACUUGGAGGAGCAGCACAGAGAAAACUUCGCUGUGCUUUGCUCGAUUAUGCUAGCUGACUGGUUUCUUGUUUGUAAUAUAUUAACCCUGUCUGUCUGUAUGUGGAACUAACUAGAGCUUCAGACAUACAGUUCUCUUCUUCUAAAUUUAUCUUCCUUUGGCCCUUUACAAUCUCCAUCCCAACUGUUAAUCAAAUCUGUCGAGGGAACAGUUCUCUUGCCCACUGUGACUGUCUUCUUUGGAAACACCAAAUGCACAUCUGUAAGGGACCUGUCUAAUUUGGGUUCGGAAUGGAAGCUACCAAGUUCCAGUGAUGUGCCUAGGAUGCUCAUCCUCAAUGAGAAUAAAUUUGCAAGGGUUGCUAUAAAAUUCAAAGAAAUUGGGAAUUUUAAAGUUUUUGGUUGGUUAGAUGGAGGAAGAACCUUCACAAUAGUAGGUGAUAAGGUUCGGGGUUAGGUGUAACGAUCAAUGAUAGUGAUGGUAAUUUGAACCCGCUUUAUUG